CAGCCAUUUGGAGCAGAGAGAAUCACAAAGUUUUGAGAGUGCCUUCUGGCUCAUGAGUGGUAGAAAAACAAAAUGCUGCCACUUGAUACUGAAAAUUUGUUGUUUCGAUUAAAGGGAGGCAUUGAGUUGGAAGGAGUCAGCAAUAAAACAGAUGAACAAGGAAUCAAAGCAGGCUUUAAGGAAGCCAUUAAAGAACUGAUUUCAAAGGUAAAUUCAGAGGCUUUCGUCCUAAAUGGUCUCGGUGGCACAUUAUAUGUGUGGCCCAAAGCCCAUGCCAGCACAUAUUCAUCAGAACUACAAGAAGAUACCCAGUGCAAAGCCAUCUUAAAAUAUGUUACGGUUGAGGUCAGUGACUUACUUCAAAAGGCUUCCAAAAUCCAAUUCUUAAAGAUCGUACCUCUGAAAAUAAUAAAUAUGCAGAUUCUGUUUGAGAUGGCACGGGCUGAUCAGACUGAAGAAAUUGUAAUUCAACAUAGGAAGAUGUCACGCAUCCACUUUAAGCUGAUUCUCCCGAUCGAUGUGGUCGUGCUCGCAAAUCCAGAGGAGCCAUGGGGAAAGGUACAGGAUCAACUUGUGGAAGCAGUUACUGCUCAACUAUCUGCGAUGGACAACUGCAUUGAACGAUAUACAAAUGGAAAGACUGUUCCACAGCCACAAGCCUUCCACUUUGAACUGCCAGAGAAAACUACUCUUACGACAGUAAUAUAUCCUGCUGGAGUCAGUGAUGCAAUUCUGGAACUGCAACGAAAAGAGUUGCAAAAUGAACUUGGCCUAGACAAUAAACCCUACUUUCGUCGUCCUAUGGCUUAUGUCUUUCCAAGUGCUGAGAUGGAAACUAAGUACUUGAAAAAUGUACAUAAGUAUAUUCCUGCUCCCAACCCUGAUGAGUAUAAGGUUUCUCUAGUGCACGGAACAUAUACCUUUCAUCACUGCUUGCAGGACAAUGAAAAAGACAAAAAAUGGGGUGCACUAUACCGCUGUUUGCAAGUUGUCAUCUCCUGGUUCAAGUUUCAGGGAUACAUUGACAAACCUGUACCCACAGUUAAAGAGAUUCGGGAAGGCAAAGUCUGACCAACCAGUGGAUCUUAGCAUCCAUUUCCAAGAACAAGGAAC